ACGAAAGCAGAUGUGUGUCGCUCAGCGUUAUAUUCUUAGGGCCCUUGUGCUUUGUUUAUAAUCAUCUGACAGCUUCACAACUGGACUAGAUCCAAGGCCCACUACACACUGGUCUUGUCUUCUAACAAUUCUUUCGAUCGUUCAGCAGCUUGCCCCAUCUAGUGGCCGUUUCUAAAUCACGUGUACCUUUAAUGAUGAACUAACAAGAAUGAUUGUCAUAUAAACCAAAAUCAAAGCAGAAAAGCACCAUCGCCCAGAAGAUAUAAGAUUUCGUUUCUUAGUUCAGAUGCCUGUUAUUAUCUACGUUUGAUUUGUUUGUCCUUAUUCAAGUGAACUUUCGAAAAUUUGAUGUCAUUUUGUUAACAUCGAAUAAGUAAACCAAACUGCAUAAGGAAUUCCGAGCUCUGGGACAUUGGCCCGCAAAAUCAUAUCGGCCAGAAACCAGGCUCGAGAACAGACUACCUUCAAGCCUCAACUUUCUGAUUCGGAGUAGGCUGAUCUGACAGUCGUCAUCGCGACUCGAGGACUUAACAGGCUCUGCUGUACUGUGUUAAGUAGGGUAAAAGGUGGCCGGCAACCACCAUCUGAAUUAGAAAAACAAAAUCCAGCAGACAAGCUUCUUACAAACAUUAUGAAGAUGGUCCAAUGCGCUGGGUGCGAUCGCCCCAUCUUGGACCGAUUUUUACUGAACGUUCUGGACAGAUCCUGGCACACUAAAUGCGUCCAGUGCUGCGAAUGUAAAUGCAACCUAACGGAAAAGUGCUUCUCUAGGGACGGAAAGCUCUACUGUCGAAAUGACUUUUUCAAACGGUUCGGAACCAAGUGUGCUGGCUGUGGCCAGGGAAUUUCUCCCACUGAUCUAGUUCGAAGAGCUCGUAGCAAGGUAUUUCACCUAAAGUGUUUCACCUGUAUGGUUUGUAGAAAACAGCUGUCAACAGGAGAAGAGCUGUAUGUUCUUGAUGAGAAAUGCUUCAUUUGUAAGGAGGACUAUCUCAACAGUAGGCAUAAUCAAGGUCUUACCGCCGGAUCCCCACCAGAUCAGACGGAGCUUGAUGAAACAAACGACACUCAUACUGAUCCUGAUCAUAUCGUCAGCCGUGAGAUGGAUCGAGAUUCCAGUUUGGAACGGAAGCCAAAUGGACUACUGAAUGGCAAUUAUAUUUCUAAUAGCACAGGAGCUUUGUUCAACAAUACUCCGGCCAGUGAGUUGGCUGGGUCAGUGGGAAAUAACACCAGUUCAAUUCCCGGCUGUUUAAACAAUUCAAGUAACAACAAUGAAAGUAAAACGACAAGUGGGAGCGAAAGCAGUCCAAACAGCACUAACAACUCCAACUCCCAAAAUCAAGGCUUACAGCAAAAUGAUGAGAACACACCAGGAAGUAAAAGACGAGGCCCUCGCACAACCAUUAAAGCAAAACAGCUGGAAACUUUAAAGGCUGCCUUUGCGGCUACGCCUAAGCCAACACGUCAUAUCCGGGAACAGCUAGCUCAGGAAACAGGUCUGAACAUGCGCGUUAUACAGGUCUGGUUCCAAAACCGUCGGUCGAAGGAAAGACGGAUGAAGCAACUCAGUACCCUCGGAGCUCGUCGCCACUUUUUCAGGAACCCUAGGCGGGCCAUGCGACCCAUACGACCUGGAAUGUCACCUGACGGACUUGACGACAGUCCAGAAAUGGUAGUAGGGCCUAACUCAGGCUAUGGAUACUUCUCGGAUUCUGGAAGUCCUGUUGACUUUCCUUAUGGAGCUCAGCCAGGCUUCUACACCUUUUUUCCGGGCCAGCAGCCACCAGAUUCUUUGGACUUCCCGCCAGGACCCAUGGGGAGCGCCGCAGUACCCAGCCCGCCUCCGUCCUCAAGAGCUAUGGACCUAGUUGUACCACCCGGAGGUCCGAUGGUACAAGGUACAUUUUGUAGGCAACUGAACCUUGCAGCAGACGCCCCCUAUCUUCAGCACCACAGCGAGCUUUUGUCUCAACGUUCCAGCCCUGACUCUGUGCUGAACCUGCCACCUGUUACAGAUGGUUACGGCCCACCCAGAUCCUCAGCGCCAGAGUCGUUUCAUCCGGGUCUUUCUCAUCAGUCGCUAAGUGAAACACCAGUUUGGUGACGUUAUUCUCGUCAAACGGACUCUGUUUGACCUGGCUGAAUUAAAGAAAAUAACAUUUGUUGUUCUGAAAAAGAACAAAUAAACAAAAGAUAAUAUGACCUCCAAUUACCCCACUCACCUUUAAAUAAGAAAAAUUUGGGAACAAACACACUCUUUGGAAAGUUAGGCCUAAUAAUGGGCCCAUCACAAUAGAGCUGUCAAACAUAACUCCUGGGUUCUUCAUCAAUAUUAGCGAAAUUUCUAGAGAAGUGCAUUUCUAUUUUACCCUUUUUUUUCACAAGUGAGUCAACAGGAAAAUUCACCAGAGAGUUGUGCUGUGACAUUAUUACUAGCAUACCUUGUGCAACGUUCAAGGAACUCGAAUUAUCCAUAUUUACGAUUUCAUUUAACAAAACCUUUUAUGAGCACUUGACAAGAGUGACAAUUCCUCGAUGAAAUGAUCAACCACGUCAUAUUUCGAAUUGCGAUGAGAAACCAACAAUAUUCGGACAUAACAAAAACGUCAUGAUAUAAAAUUCUCACUUUUUCAAAUCAAUAUUUAAAAGCAUUUGUUGUUGAUGUAAAUAAUAUUCCUUGUUAGUGAAUGAAUGUUAUUUAUGUAUACAUAGUUGUAUGAAACUGCUUUUAGCUCAAGCAUGUGUUUAGGAUCAUACUACUCCAGCUUCAAACUUUCAGCUUAGUGUCGGAAUACUUAGAUUGAUUCCUCUAAAAGAAAAAAUAAUCUGAAUGUCUGAAUAUGUAAUUAUAGGGUCAUUAGUCCUCAUACUCAAUGUAAAUAUAUGGGGCAGUUCAACAACUUCUUUCGUACCUGUUUUUCUUUAUACAGGUAUAUAUAUAUAUAUAUAUGAUCAUAAUUAUACAUAAAAUUUUUCAACUUGAAGACUGCAUUUCCGCACAUUUAAGUGGCUUCAAGGAAUGCUAAAGUUGUUGUUUUUUCCUGAAGUGUGCGAGGCCAGCUGACGUCACGCGCAGUACUGAAUAACAAUGUCAUCUUAUAAAAAUUGUUAUCACGUUUUUGUCACGUGGCCAAAGGACAAAAAUCGUCAUAGCUAUUGUAUUCUAUUUAACGACUUUUGUUGGAUUCAAACGACCAAAGUGACACAACUUAGUGUCAGGUUAUAUUGCUAUGAAAACAAUAGUAUGGACGAAAUAGAACACGUGGGCCAUAACGUUUAUUUUUUGCUGGACUGAGAAGUAAACUAUAAAAAUAAAGUUUCUCAGCAGACGUAAAGUGUACAGUUUGUGGUUUCCAGUGGCCAAGUAUACCUCUAUCUAGUAUAAUGUUUUAAAUAUGGAGUGCUCAUGUUAACUGAAAAUUUCUGUCAAAUUGUUAAAAGUAGAUAUAUUUCUAGAUUAGGAAACAAUAUUCAUAGAGUUUGUCCUCUUUUUUUUCCCUUAUGUCCCCAACAUUUUUCUACACAGAUAUUAAGGAUAAUGUAUUUUAUUUAUUUAUUUCACUCUGACACAAUAACGUAUGCAACGUUAGCUAUCGUUUUAUGUAUAAACAUUUAUCAUCUUUACUUUCUGUCCAAAGUUUUAUGUUUCACGUGUUUUCUGCAGCAUGAUUACCAUUGCUAAAUUCACUAACUUAAUGUAGUUAGUGGACUUGAGGUGUUAGGUCAUCUUUUAUGACUCUCAUAGAAUUUUUCAUCUCAUUGAAUAUCACCUAGUGAACCAAAAAUAUGUAACAAAUAUAACUCUUAUAAAAACUAAAGGGAGAAUAUACUAAACUGAAAAAAAGGCAUUAUCUUAUUACAAAAAUAACAGAAAAUAAUUUUUAUGACUUUUUGUAAAAGGGUUGAUUACGUUUUCUAAAAAUAUGGUCUGUAUAUCAGAGUUGAUAUAAAAUCCAAAUUAAAAUUUUACACUGGACAACUUAACACUGUAACAAUACUGGUUUAACUUAUUAGACUUAACAUUAUUGAAUGCCUGAUUUGUCGAAAGAGUAGCAAAUAUAUAUGUUUUUCAAAUAUGAAUGACUUAUUUAAACCUAACCUAAUAACACGUUAUUUAAGUGCAAACGAGAGUUUCAAAAAUUUAACAAAAAUUAGCAAGAUAUUUUAUCAAAACAAAGUGUCUUAAGUAACUCUUAUAACUUUAAACCGAUUAAUUUGUACAGCUUUCAAACUUUCUUUUCUAGACUAAGAUUGACUCACAGAAAUGCAGUUACUGGACAAUAUGUAAGAUACAUUUACCUCUUUUUCAUCAUUAAUGAGUAAGGUUAACUAUCAAUCUGUUUAGCUAUGGUCAUUUAUUUAAUAAUUAAAUUGUAACUUUGUCGUCAGGUAUAGUAACCUUGAAGAUUAUUUCAUUAAAAAACAUUUAUUUAUGCUGAAUGUCUUUACAUGUAGAAAAUUUCGAACUUUUGCUGCCCAUCUGGUCAGGAAGAUGAUUGAUGUUUGUUUUACAUUUUUCAUCUAAAAAUAGUUUAAGUAAUUUUAGAUGCCAAUUUCAAAGUUUCUGUCUGGAAAUAAAUAUGAAUAUUAAACACUGAGCGCUUAUAACUAUUUUCGCAUUGGUGGUUUGUCGCCAUUUAAAAUAAAAAUCGUUGAAUCAUCAUUCACUGUGUUUAUUUGUUUCACCGCCGUUGUUACUGUAUCGUUUUAUAAAAUCUACUUAAUGUCAUUUUCGAUCGUACACUGCUGCAAAACAUUAUCUUCCGUACACAAGGGACUUUCGCUAUUAUGGUAUAAUAUUGUGUUAUAUUAUGUUUAAUUUAAAGUUGUGUGCACUCUUUGUUGUAUAGGCACUUGUUUGGAAAAACAAUUAUGUGUGAAUCAAGUACUUCAAUUUCAUGGUUGCACAGCCAUUAUAGUGGCUGGUUGUACCAGUCUUUGUGUAACAAACACUCUGUUGAAGCUAAUAUCUUCAAUGCAAAGAUAUGUAUGAUAAUAAAAGUUUCUUUAAAAUUA